AUGGUGCUGCCCGCACGUCGCAGCGAAGAGAAAGAAAGACACGGAUCACCGCAGCAGCAGCAACAACAUUCGAGCGCAAGUGCGCAAAAGCGGCCCAUUAUAGCCCAGCAGCACUCGGGAACCGCCACCUCUUCCACCAAGGUCCGCAACUCCUCCCGUCCCAAUACGCCUCCAUCGGCGUUGAAGGGUACCGCUUCGCCCCCCAACUUUCCGCAACCGCUCUUGGCCGACGUAUCCCUGUAUACCAAUGCAUACUCGAGUUUUGAGAGCGAGGGCACCACCCUCGAGGAGCUCGCUCACCUGGUGCGCCUGUCCAAGUACCAGGAGCGCAAGCGCGCCAACACCAGGAUACGACUCCAGCGGAGUCUGGUGGCAACUGCACUCUCGGCGCGUCUGACUCGCUGCGGCGAGAUAACCCAGAGGAAUCUAGCUGAAUGUUUCCGCAACGAGGAUAAGAAGGCUUUCUCCAACCUAUUCAGCGCCAUCCACGAUGUCAGAAACAGCUGCGAUGCGACGCGCAGAUUUGCGCUUUUGGAGCCGGAUAUGGAUGCUCUUCAGUCCCCAGGAAUGACGUCCUCAGAAGGCUUGGAAACUCCUACCAGCGUGGCUGGAAGCAUAUCUCCCAACAGCUCGGUUGCGCCGUUCCUGAAUGACAUCUCUGCCUCGGCCAGGGAGGCCUUCUUGAACUUCCUAACCCAGCUGCGAACCAAUCCAGACUAUUUGGCCACACGGUUGUGUUCUCUGAACAGCCUGGAGCUCCAGGCUCUCACCACUUUUCACCAUGGAUUGGAUCCGAUCGAGUCUGUGUUGCCUUAUUUCAGCAGCCGCCCCAGUGGGCGUGGUGGUCAUGGCAGCAGUGCCAAUAGGAAUCCUGGGCACACCCCCAAUGCUAUCGAGCGGCUUCUCUCUUUCCAAAGACACGACCCGCUGUCGGCCCUCAUAUAUACCUGUUUCGCCAAUUCGGCUGGGCCGGACAGCGCCGAGGACAGGAGAAGAACGGACAUCUGGGCCAACGCCUGUGCCCGGCUGAUCUCAGAAGCUAAGUCCAAUUCCGCCCGUGAGCCCAUCUUGACCUCCGUUCUCAAUGUCUGGUCGUCCAUGCGUGAUUGGUCUGGCCGCUCCAACAUGGAGUGGUUCCUCAUGAAGAUCUUGGAGGACGGAGCUUUCUUGCUCGACCGAGCAGAGGACCAAAACGGGACCAGGUUCAACAUCUCGGAAUGGACUCACAAGGAUAACGUGGCGGCCGACGAGUUUUACGACCGGGCCAUCAAUGAGCUUUUCGAAAUCAUCGACGACGAAGACGCCACUGGCAUCCCCGAAGGUUUGGUCGAGCUGGGUAAUGAAAUCCUCCGGCGGCUUGACAGCGGGUUUGUUGAGAGCACCAAACGAUGGUUCGUUUGCAAGUGGCUCUUUUCUCAUUGGUUGAUCGCCGUCGUCGUUCAUCCGGAAAGCUACGGCAUGAUGUCGGAAUACCACAUCACCGAGUACGGACGACAGAAGAUUCUCAAACAAGUUGCGCAGAGAGCGCAGCAGCUGGUUAUUGACAUGACCUGGAACACGCCCAAGAAGCCGGUUUCUACCCCUCCCAAGGUGAAAGGCCACAUUGAGAACAUUUUGGGACGUUUCAAACCCUCCAGAGCCCAGAAAACGACGAGGCUACUACCGGCCCGUUCCAUUACGUCCUUGCGGGAAACUGUAGAAGUUCAUCCGUACUUGGUCAUCAGCCCGGCUGACCUGCUUACCCUGGUUAAUGCUUUGUUUCCCGAAAGAAGGCCACAAUCGGCCCAUUCGGGCAGCAUUCGCUCUGGAGCGCCUUCAAUAUCAGGCUUUUCCACAGCAUCCCAACCUAUCUCGGUUGGCACCUCACGGAGCAACUUUGACACGGCAUCUGUGAUUAGCAUGAGUGCGUCUUCCGUCAUGAGUGACGCGACAACCUCGCGCGAGCCCCUUUUGGAGGAUCAAGUUCCGGGUACGCCGCAACGCUACUCCCCUCCAGUCCAUGACGCCGCGAGCCAGAAGCAUCUGAGCAACUAUGAGGAGGAUGGAUACCGACUCCGACUUGCCAUGCAUGAAAUGGUCCAGAUCCUCGGCGCUGAUGUUGUCUCUGGCUCCUGCCAUCCAUGCGCGGAGCGAUGGGCCGUGCUCUUCAUUUCUGCAAACGGGAACAGUCUUUCUAUGCAAAUGACGUACGAUCCAGACGACGACCCGGACGAGGAAAACUCGUCUACCACAAGUGACACCGAGGAUGAUGAUCCGGAGGAUAGACCAGAGCUUGACAAGGAUUAUCACCAGCUGCGCGACUCGAUCCUAAAGCUCGUGGAAGAUUUCGAAAUUCCGCGGGGCCUUGAAGAUGAUGGGGCGAAGACGACCUUUAGCAACCGAGCCUCAGGCCUCAAGAAGUACAAGUCUAAGAGCAAGAUCAUCACAACUGAAUCAUCCAUGGCCAGUCGCAAUCCAUACAGGAGGCGUGACGAGGAAGACAGGGCAUCCAAGCAAAGAAUGGGGUCUCCAGCGAGGCAAUCUGCCAUGGGCAAAGGCUCGGAGGGGUCCGAGCCUCCAUCGGUACUUAUGGCCAUGCUGGAAGCGGCUUCGUCGCAGUCGAGGGUGCAGGCGGAUUUUGUGUCUGCUCACCUAUACUGGAAAACACUACAACAACUCAAUGCUCUGGCUUCUCCUUCUCUGCGGAAGAACGGGUUCGCGACCCUCCUCAACAUCUUUUCUCGGGGGCCUCGAGACUCGAUCCGUCGGUCCGCGUCUGCUAUUGAAGAAUACGAUGCAUGGCUGGUGUGGCUCAAGCAGAGCCAAGAGCGCCAUGAGGGUCUGAUCGAGUCCAUGAUGAAGCGGCUCCGGGCUAUCAGAGACAAGAUGUGGUAUGUGACUGACGUGCACAACUCGGCGCCCUAUGAGCACACGCGAAGCAUCUGCAGCGCUUUGAAGAUUAUGGGCGUUCCCAGGCGGUGGGGCACAUUCCAGCGUACACGUGCGCAGCUAUCUCGUGGUCCUGCUGCCAACUACCUGUACAAGAACGAGUCGCAAAUGCUGGAUCUACUAGCGGCCAGCGAAGAACAAGGUGGCCCCAACAAACUCAGCGACGACCAGGCAGAAAAGACAGCGAAAUGGCUGGAGCAGUUAGGCGUUGAGAACUUCUGCAAGGGCGAGGAGCGAAUCCACCGCUUCUGCUGCGAGGUGGAAAGCUGCAUUGGUAAACUCGUUGGCGAGAGCAUCAUUGACGGGCCGGUGCUCUGGGCAAGCGAGCUGUACUUGCGGGACCGGAAAGCCCUCGAAGGCACAAAACCCACCUCAGCCACAGCCAAGGACAGGGAUAGGGAUAGGGACAGGGACAGGGACAGCUACUGGGGCGGAGAGGACUCCUUCAGCGUGGUUAGCGACCCAGAACGGAGAUAUGCGAUGUCAAUGUCGUCGUCAAGUCGCCCGAACUCGAUCGCCCGAGAUUUCCGCGCGAUGACGACGCACAAUGUCAGCCAGUUAUCGGUUGAUUCGAGGUACAACUUUUCGAGGGCGAGCACGACCAUGUCGGACAUCCUGGACGCCGGUGACUACUUUGGCGUUGCGUCUCCUGUUCAUGCCAUCGACUCGAGCACUACUUUCUGGUCACCUUUCCAGUCCACCAUGCCCUCCACGAGCUCCGUUACUUCUCGUGCUCAGUCGCCCACCACCAGCAUCACCAAUCUUUCAUGUUUCUCGUACCCGCAGCAUCGACAACUUCCACCUCAACCCUCGGGUGGACGGCCGGGGACUUCGACAUCUUCCAACGAGACCAUCCACCUUCAACGUCUUUCGGAAGAGAAGCAGCGUUUCCUCGAUGAGCUCAGGCAAACGCUGACAAGUCUGCUGCUCUCUGACCUCGGUAAUCACGUCUUCUCGGGCGGUUCCGAGACGGAUGCUUGGUUCAAGGACUUGGGUCAGGACUGUAUCGAUCGUCGGGAGGCGCAUGAACGCCAGGCACGGCGGUUGGUUGUGAAGAAAGACCGGACCAGAACAAGCAAGAGUUCUACGAGACACCGAGUGAUUGAAAAGAAGAAGAGUUUUGGCAAUCUGCGUGGAGCCGGCGAGUCUGUGGACGCCGAACACUUGGAAUCGCAGGCGGCGCAGAGCAACGAUAGCUCGGCGACAACAAGCGACAACAUCCCAGCGCGCAGCCGGCAGUCGAGCAAGGAUGAGCCACCAGAAUUUCCAUACAAGAAGGCGUACCAAAGACUGCUGCGCAUGUUCUGCGUACAUCCAAACCCGCACAUGAAGAUGAACGCCCUCUUCGAACUAAAACACCUCAUUGUGGCAUCACUUUCGUCUGGUGGCCGCAGGUCUAGGUGGAGCCUCCGUAACCAGCUUUCACCGCACGAGGAUGACAGCACCGGCGCUGGCAAUAUGAACGCUCUGGACCAAACGGUGGACAGCGUCAAGGAACGCAGGUCACACGCCUUCCAAGCUCCACUUUUGGCUCCCCCAUCGCGCUCGGCAGCGAAUGCCGAUGCGCGCUCCAUGGUGUCGGUGAACCCGGCCAACACGGAUGCCAUCGUCAACAUCCUGCAAACUCUCUUCCGCGAUGCUGGCAUCCGACCCAAGACGCUGUUCCGCGACCUCCAAUUCAUCGCUUCGUUCGUGCCUGCCUCUCAACUCGACAAGUCAGAAAAGGGCAAGGCCUUCUGGGACGCCGGUCUCGCCGCUCUAUCUCUCAAGCAGGAUGUCUGCCGCACCAUGGUUGAAGUGGCCGAUGAGAUUGUCAAAGUACAUACGCAACCACGGAAGCCGUCAGGUGGUGGCGAAGAAAACCCGGAUUCCCCACUCCGCAGCCCUCCGCCACCCCAGCUGGGCGACGCGGCGCGGAUGUGGACCAUUACGGCUAAGGAGGGCGAUCCCACGGCGCAGCGCGAACUAGCACUCUUCAACCUCAGCAACCCUGAGCUGGUGGAGCGGACAACGCUACCUCUUUCCAAGCCGCGCGAGGUGUUCAAACAGGCCGUCAUGGAGAAAUACGGUGCCAGACCGGGGAGCAGUGCCCGGCACCCUGGUGAACGCCUGAGUCGUUCGGUGACACAACUAUCCCUGGGCAGUGGCGGCGUUGGCCAGGAGGGCACGGGAAGUGGCAAGGAUAGUGAUGUGAGGAAUGAUCCCGCUUUGAUGUGCGUCGCUAUCCAUUGGAUGGAGGCGGCGGAGCAAGGUGGGGAUGAACUGGCCAAGACUUUCUUGAGGCAGAAUGAGAUGAUGGGACUGAGUUGA